AUUAGCUAGCUGCUACAUGUCAUUCAGAGAUUCCUGAAAAUAAUUCUGAGGAAUUGAUUUUAACUUUUAUAAUUAGAAAAAUAUUUUGUAGGCUAUAUAAUUGGAUUAAGGUGAAAUAUCUUUAAAUAAAUAAUAGGAUAAACUAUUUGAUUCUAGAAAAACAACAAUCUUACUUUAGCUGUACAGUGUAUCAUGUACUACACAUGAAAAAAAAAUGUUAUAUAGAAACAAAAAUGUAUCGAUUUAAUUCAGCUAAAUUAUGUUCAUAUGUAUGUGCAUUCUAGCUAUAGUACAUCGCAGGCAUGAUGCUAAGAGUACUUCAUGAUGAAAGAUGCUAUUUAUUUUCGUUGUGUGUGAUUUAUGAGUGUUAGAAAAACUAACAAAUCUAUGAGUACAAGAAAUGUAUACCUUAGUGAUAAAUAGGGCAGAAUGUGCCAAAAACUGAAAUAGUCUAGUUAAAAUUACAUUGCCAACUGAAUCUUUAUUUGGGCACAAAUGCGCUUUGGGUUCUCCAAUAGUGUGGUAAAAUGCUCCCGUUCUUUCUUUGAAAUAAAGCCUGAAGCCUGCUUUGGUCAACAAAACAAGCAAAAAACACAUAUCUUUUAAUGUUAUGGUCUUGUUUGUCUUCCAGUUUGUUUGCCUAUGAUUAAUCAAUGCACAUAUUGAUUUCUUGAAAAAAUGUUGUCAAUAAAAAAAUUCAACAUUUCAUUGGACAUCCACUACAUAUUCUGCAUUGCAUAGUGCCUCAGUUAACAUGAGAAAUACAAGGACAAAUGAGGGAGCAGCCUUUACCUCAAUGCAAACCUUUUUUUCUAAAGGGCUGUCAUUUCCUCAAUUAGAACCACAUAAAUGUGUAGAAUAAUACGUGCUAAUACAUUAUUUUAAAUGCAGUGCUCAAUUAUAAUUAUGGUUGAUAGUGAAACUAAAUAUUAAAUGAACUGUAUGUGAAUAAAUGUAUACCUGAACUAUGUAUAACUUGCCUAUAACUAUAGCAUGAACUCACUGUCAGUGCCAAAAAAGUGCUUUUUAUGAGUCACACUGCAAUCUGCUAGUGCCCCUAAUAAAAACCUAGCCCUGAGUGCCUAAAUCAUUCUUUCCAGCUCUAGAGAACAGCCCUUGCGUCUGAAGCUCUAAAAUGGUGACUGUGUGAGGGGGCUCACCUCUGCUCCAUAUUACCACACAAAGUAAAUACCAAAUUGAAAAUUGACACAUCACAUCUGCCUCUUACAAAUGAAUGCGUAAAAAUUCGACUGCUAGUCUACAAGUACCCAGCAAUAAGAGAAGACUUCUAACUCUCUUCAAGGUGGAUCUCAAGCAUGCCAGCCAAUUACAAUGGGAUAUGGGAUAUUGUGGAUUGCAAGAACUUUGAAGGUUACAUGAUUGCUCUCGACAUUGAUAUGGUUACAAGGAAGAUAGCAAACAUGCUGAAGCCUCAGAAAGUGAUUGAGCAAGAUGGAAAUUUCUUCACCAUCAAGACUCUAACCACUUUCAGAAACUACUCAUGCUCAUUCAAAAUUGGUGAGGAGUUUGAAGAGGUGACCAAAGGUCUGGAUAACAGAAAAUGCCAGACCGUCGUCAACUGGGACAAUGACAAGCUUGCGUGUACACAAAAAGGAGAGAAGAAGGAUAGAGGAUGGACUCACUGGAUAGAGGGAGAUUUCCUCUUUCUUGAGCUCCAAUGUGAAGGACAAAUCUGCAAGCAAACGUAUAGAAAAACUGGCUGAUUUAAAAUUAAAUACUCUGAAGCAAUAUAUAUUUGAGUACUUUAGGUUAACUGCCUAUUACCCAUUAUUAGUUUUAUUAUUAGUUUUAGUAUUAUAAGUUUUUUUCCAUUAUGAAAUAUGGUUUAAAUAUUAAGUUUUAUAUUUUAUCCUAUUAAUUAAAACAUUUCAUGACCCAAUCAAAAGCCCAUUAAAUUUGUUUCUGAUGUUAGAUUUUUGCAUGCUUUAGCUUUUUUUCAUCAAUAACCUAAUAACUGUCAGUGGUUCUCUUUACAGAAA